CCGCGAUCCGCGCUGCGUGCGGCCCGGACGUACGUACCUACGCACGGUACGUUCGCAGCCGUACCCGCCGCGGCCGGUUGUACAUAAAAUACAUGUACAGUACAUAUAUGCAUACGACGCGAUCGAUCGCGAGUGAUGUGAAGUGUGAGACUCGAGCGGAACCGUACCAAAUUACAUUAGUCACUAAAUUGCCUUCAAAUAGGUCUCUUCAUCAGAAAGUACUGAUAUGUUCUUGGAAUGAUUCGUAACAUGGGUUGAUGCCAAGUCAUGGCCUGCUCAUAAAUGACAGAACUCAAUUGAUGACUUGUUCUAAAGAUUUUGACAAGAAAGAAAAGAGUCAACAAAACUCAUUGUAGAAAUGGCUGGUAGACUCAAUGGACCGCCAACUGGUCCACCCAGAGUCCCGUCAGACGACGAACUUGCUCGACUUUCUCGAGAAGAACUGGUGCGUAGGUUACGAUGGACAGAGGGUGACCGUUUACGUAGGAUAGCAGAGCACAGCAAUAUUAUGAAAGAUGUAAACCGACGCAUGCAGGCUCUAAGAAAUGAUUCCCGGAGUGGUUCUACUGAUGGUAACUCAAGGUUGCAGAGUGAUAACCAGGAGCUGCGUGACCUCUGCUGUUUUCUGGACGAUGACCGACAAAAGGGACGCAACCUGGCCGAGGAGUGGCAGCGAUUCGGCCGGUACUCUGCUAGUGUGUUGCGGACUGAAGUUGUUGGCUACCAGGAGAAACUCAAAGAACUGGAAUCGCAGCAGCAACAGCUAUUGCAGGAAAACCUGGAACUGAAGGAGCUGUGUUUUCUGCUUGAUAAAGAACGCCAGGCCAACAGAAGGAGUUCACUUUGUAGCCAGUGUAACACCACCCUGAAUUUGGCUUCAAGAGCCCAGGGAGAUGGGAGCUAUGAUAACGGUGUGGCAAGUCUUCCAGAGAUGAGGCAGGAGAUACCUUACUCCUCAAGAGGAAACCAAGAUGAUCAGAAUACAUACAUUCGUCAGCUUGAAGACAGGGUACAUGCGUUGGAGAAGGAGAAGCGACAGAUGGGCCAGGCCUCACAUGGAGUUCAGCAGUAUGCACCUGGACUCCAAAAUGGAGAGCCACAGCCAGGGAAGCCCAAGGUCCCUCAUAAACCAGACUCAAUGGCCCAUGCACUCAAGGUUCUGGAAGUGCAUGAUAAACUUGAUUAUGGGACACCAAGUGGUAGUGACACAGAGCACAUGAAUGACAAUCACAAAGCUAUUGUCAGAGAAAUGUGCAAUGUGGUAUGGCGUAAACUGGGAGAUGAUCCAACUCGGCAAAGUAAUCAGUCAGCCCCUGCAGUAUCCGCACCCUCACGGUACCCAGGGGUGUCAUUUGGACCCCCUGGUGCACCGCCCAAAUAUUCUGGAAGCACAGGAAGCUUGGACAGGAAAGGCGUCUGAAUGUUUACUUAUUGGUUGAGGUAUUACUUCAAUAUAAUACAUUGUUACUCUUUUUGAAUGUGGGAAUGUAUCAGAGUUUUUAGUUGAACAAAGAAAUUAACUGGAGCAGAGGUUAAACCUACAACCUCCAGAUUACCAUACAGGUUUCAGAGUUUUAACCUAUCACUUUUUUGUUGUUGGUGUAUUUAAUGUAUUGAUGGGUUAAGUGGGAAAAAAUGGGACAAAAAGUUAAUUAAUUAUUAGUAAAAAUACUGAUUGUUUAAUUGCUUUGUUGAUAUACUAACUUUGAAUGGGAAAAUAUUCUACAUCAGUGGGAUAUAAGCUUACUGAACUCUAAAUAUCUUGAAAGUUACUCUAUUCGUCAAAACACUAAUAUUUAGCUGCAAGCAAGCGUUUGUUAAAUCAUAACCUGUUCUGCGAGUGAAGGAUUCUCUUUUUUAAACAGUUUUUGGGCCUAUUUUAUAAUAGCACCAGAGUGUUUUAUAAAAAAGGGACCUAAUUCUGCAUUACUUAAACCAUCUGUAAAAACUGAUAAAGCAACCAUAAAGAAACUUUCGAGUGUUGACAUAGUUGAUGUUAUAACACCUCACCCACAGAUUCUGUGUCUUGAUUGGCCGAGAGUGAGUCACAUGAUACUUUCUAUUUUUGCUAUCUUUCUGUGCAUGGCCAAAAGUACUAUACCCACAGCAACCAAAGUACC